AUGCAUUGCGGCCCACUCCGCUUUCCUGUCUCAAGUAUCCUGGGCAGUGCGGUGCACCUACGAGAACCCGAUCAUGCGCCUGCAGUCUCGACUCUCGAGCGCAUCUUUGACUUGCUGCAAGUCAUCCUGACCUACACCCACUGCUUGCUCAACGUCAACUCCACCUACGCCCAGACCAGCGGACACUUCGCAACACUUGUCGACCAUGCUCCGAACGCUUCAGCCGGCGCGCGCACGUCCAAACAUGCCUUGCGCGCAUCGGGGCUUCAAGGCUCACGGUGCAAGUUCUCCAAAUCCACGCUGGAGAGCCUUACAGCGGACCCUUGGGCGAAUAUGAAGGUGAGGGCGAAGCACGCGGACGCGUUGCGGAGUGGACCGCAGGGCACGAUCGACCUGUUGUAUGGUGCGACGUGUGGGACGAGCACGGGGGGCAUGGCAGCACCAACCGGAACCUGGCUGGACAAGUGCAAGGCUCCGACGCCUCGCCAGAACGCACCCACCGUGCCAGGUCGUCAACGUGCCGCCGGGCUCCGACGCGUCUGCUCGCAUGAAAGCCUGGGACCCAGCGGUGAUGUGCAGUCAACUCCGCGAAGAGUCAAAAGUGAUGAGGGCGAGUGA